AUGGACGACAGGCGGACCGCCAUCGGACCCCGGCUCCCCAUUGUCGUCUCGGGCAGAGGACUCUCAGGUACCCAGGCAGGGGAGUACGGUGUGUCCACAGUGAGUAAGGUGUCUGUGAAGACAGGAAACUUCAUCACCAUCCCAUGUCGCUAUAAUCUGAGAUACAUAGAAUAUGUCAAAUACUGGUGUCAAGGAGAUUACUGGAAUUCUUGUUCUGCUCUAGUACGCACAGACCAACCAAAGAUAUCUGGGACGGUGUCAAUCUCUGAUGAUGUCACCCGAAGAAUCUUCUCUGUUACCAUGACUGAUCUGCAGCCAGAGGACUCUGGGUAUUACUGGUGUGCUGUGGAGACUACAGGAAGAGAUCAACAUACAUACUUGCACCUGUCAGUUACCACAGGUACUCCAGGACUCUAUGUGGACCAACAGGAGGUGACUGGAGUUGAAGGAGGGAGUGUCACUGUCUGUUGUCACUAUAGUAACACUGUGGCUAAGAAGUGGUUGUGGUGUAAGAUGGGUCUCUACUAUGUCCCCUUGGUGGGAAGAUAUUCAGGUCUUUUAGAUGGAACAUCAGUGACAUCACAGCAGACCAUUGAUAACAACAACAGACACAUUUUAACAGUGACUCUGAAUGGAUUGAAUAUGGGGGAUACUGGCUGGUACUGGUGUUCCACAGGUGACCUACAGAUGCCUGUUCACAUCACUGUCAAUCAACUGACCACAACACAGAGUAUCAAACCUGCCUCCACCACCACCCCUACCCCCACUUCCACAUUCACCAUCUCCACUGUCAAUCAACUGACCACAACACAGACUGACACCAUCAUCAGUAAGUAA